AUGAGAUCCAAAUCCAAGGUUGAUAGGAAAAGAAAACGUUCUGAUAUGGUUGCUUUUAACUCAGAAGCUAGCAAAAGCAGUCUUCGUAAAAGGAAAGGUGAGAAGGUCAGCAAGUCUAAAGAUGACCAAGACAAGAACUUUGAGAGAACCAGGAAGAGAAUUCAAAGCCUUGACUUGUUCAAACCUUCAACUAAAGCUCAAGAUAUCCUCAGAGGAGUCAAGUCAAUUAUCGGAAGUAUCAAAGAGGCUCCCCAUUUCCUCCUUGACAAUGAACACAUUCAUACUGGGUACAGGAUUGGGUUCGACUCCCCUCUCAAAAUAUUGAAAUCUCUCUUUAUGAUCCACAACGAAAGUGUCAAUGUGUGGACCCACCUGAUUGGAGUGAUCAUCUUCAUUGUGUUUAUUGGUUACACAACAAUCAAACUUGGCCCGAACAUUAACUCUGACAUUCACCUCAAAGUCAUGGAGCAGUUCCACAAUAUCUACCAUCUUUCUGAUGAUAUUUCAUUUUGUGAAGGAGAGGAAAUUCAUAAUUUCACCGAGAAAAUAUUUAAAAUUUAUGAUGAAGGAAUCAAGAUUGACUCACCGUCUUGCCAUCGAGAAGCCAACUUUGGACAUCACAACGAAGACUUCGAGUGUGCUAACACUGAGAGGACUUCCAACCAGACUUACUUCAACUUCGAUUUGCAGAACUCAACCACUAGCGAAGUAGAGCAGAACCUUGACUUCGUCUUAGACAGAGUUGAAACUUACAUUCAUUCUUUAAUUGAAGGAGUCAAGAUUCUGAGUCUCAAAGUCAGGUGUCCAGAAAAACUCAACAACAUGUUGACUAAAGCCAAGAACAUGACGUCAACGUUCCACCAGACUUUGAGCAAAUACAUCGAUGAAGUUCAAGAAGGCGUCAAAGAUAAAUACAAGAGCAUGCGAAUGGUUACUCUAAAAUCGCUGAGCAGCAAAGUCUCAGACUUGUUCCAUGAAAUCGUACAGGAACAGAACUCAGGAAACAUGCCAGACAUUACUUUUUCGUCAUAUUUCGAGUCACCAGGAGAAAUCCUGCAUGAUAUCACCAGGAUUCCAUUGUAUAUUCACAUGUUGUCUGCCAUCUGAUGCCUUGGAUGCAGUGCUAUAUAUCACUUGUUCUUUGUACACUCUCCCAAGAUAUCUGAUAUCCUCUCAAGACUUGACUAUGCUGGAAUUGCCUUCUUGAUUGGAGGCUCUGGAGUGCCUCCGGUGUAUUACUCACUGUACUGCUCCAACUUUGACUUACUGAGACCUCUGUAUUUGUUGAUAACUUUCAUUGGGUGAUUCGGAGUAUUCACUGUCACAAUGAUUCCAAAGUUCAACACUCCAAAGUAUAGGCCAUUCAGAGCAUUGUUGUUCGUAGUUCUGGGAGUGUCAGCAGCGUUUCCAUGAAUCCAGUUCAUUUACUUCAGAGACCCUCUUACAAUGCCUGUGUUCCCAACAAACUAUUGGACACUUGGAGGAGCUACAUAUAUUUUUGGAGCAUACGUGUAUGCAAUGAGGUUCCCAGAAAGAUGGUAUCCAGGCAAGUUCGACAUGUGUGGUCAUUCACAUAACCUCUGGCAUUGCUUCGUGCUUGUGGCUGCAAUCGUCCACUACUAUGGCAGUCUUGAAGUGUAUCAUUUGAGAAGACAUUUCGAGUGCCCAGUUUAGCAUACGUAAUUCUUUCAACUAGCUGACUCAU